GUGUAGCAAAGGAUUUUUCGAUAUUACUACUUGCUGGUUGUAAAUAUUUAUUAAUUUCCACUAUUUGACCGGCGGCGCUGAAGUUUUUGCAAUAUGCCGUCAGAUGGCGCUGUCGUGAAGUCGAAGAGCAAGCAGAGAAGCCAUCACGCGCGAGAUAGUGACGUCAUGUACGUUCGCGGCGACUUGGAUGGAGAAAACACAUUACCUGCAAACAUAAGAUCUCGCCUCUACGACCUCUUCGAUCACAUCGAGAAGGAGUUCCAGAAUCUCUACGUCGAGAAUGUCGCGCUGCAGGAGAAGGUGGACCAGCUGAAUGAGAGGUUAGAGCUGGCUCUGGACCGACAGCUGGACAAGGAUGCAGACGUGUCAGAGAUCGCGCCAAAGGGAGGCAAGAAUAAACCCAGCCAGUUUAGCCAGAAGAUCAAGACAACGUACAAGGCAUCGACGAGCAAGAUUGUCUCGAGCUUUAAGACUGGCUCCUCCGGCUGCCAGCUCGUGCGCGAGUACAAGGGACACAGAGACGGCGUGUGGGACGUGUGCUGGUGCCCAUCUACAGACGGAAUCAUCGGAACCGCGUCAGCCGACCACACGGCGCGGGUGUGGGAUGCUUGCUCCAGCAGCUGCCUGCUGCAGUACAUGGGUCACACUGGCUCGGUGAACUCGAUAAAGUUCCACCCUUACAACCAGCUGGUGGUGACAGCGUCCGGAGACAACACUGCUCACAUAUGGAUGGCCGCUGUGACACCCAGCAAUCAGGAGAAAGCUCAUUCUUCUGAAGAUGAAGUCGACAUGUCAGAGAAAGAAGACAUGGAAGAGGCUGCGGACCACGUGGAGUCGGCUGUGAUUCGGACGCCGUCGACGGAGCUGCGCGGACACACGAGCGUGAUCAUCGCCGCCGACUGGAUGGCCGCCGGCGACCAGAUCGUGACGGCGUCGUGGGAUCGCGCGGCGAACGUCUACGACGCGGCGACGGGAGAGCUGCUGCAGUCGCUCGUAGGCCAUGACCAGGAGUUGACUCACGCGAGCACGCACCCGAGCCAGAAGCUGGUCGUCACAUCGUCGAAGGACACGACGUUCCGACUGUGGGACUUCAGAGAUCGGUCGAUGCACUCCGUCAACGUCUUCCAAGGACACACCGAGUCAGUCACGUCGGCGGUCUUCACGGCCGGUGACAAGGUCGUGUCCGGCUCCGAUGACCGCAUGGUCAAGGUGUGGGAGAUCAAGAACAUGCGGUCGCCCGUGGCAACGAUCCGCCUCGACUCUCCCGUCAACAGGCUGUCGGUGUCGCCCGCACACAACGUGAUCGCGAUACCGCACGACAACCGGCACGUGCGUCUGUACGACCUCGCCGGUAACCGACUCGCGCGUCUGCCGCGCGGCAACCGGCUGGGCCACAAGCGCAUGGUGUGCGCGACGGCGUGGUCUGACAAGGAGGUCACGCCCGGAUGCAACCUGUUCACGUGUGGCUUCGACCGCAAGGUGCUCGGCUGGAGCGUCAACCUGGAGAAGGAGAACAAGGACAAGGACAAAGACAAGGACAGGGAUUAG